GGGUUCUCCACUAUUCAGUCGCUCAAACUUUUGUGAAAUCUUUUUUAGCCAUUCAUUUGUGUAUUACUUGAGAGAAACCAACGUUUCAAUUGGUUUUACCUUCAGUUUUGACGACACAAAACAAUUGGCCUCUAAUUUGAGGCAACACUUUAUGACAACACUUUUUGUGCGCAUUUUUGCCAUCAAAACAAUUAUUUGUUGUGUUUUUGUAUUGAAAUGAUCGCAAACUUUGCACUCAAUUUGUUGGGCUGUAAAACACUUGUGUUGUCUCUCAGUCUGUGUUGAGUUUUUUGAUGAUUUCAUGACUUAUUAUUACUUAUUAUUAUUUCUAAAAAGUACUUAAAAGUAUCGAUGAUAUGGUUUACAUGUAUUGACUCUUUUGGUAUCAAUUGUUAUGAAUAAUGAGUUUUUCAGUACAACUGACGACUCCCUCAGGAUAUGAUGCCCUCAGAUAUGCACUUCAGUCUCAAUUGGGCCGCAAAAUGAUGACAUCGUCCACUUUGGUCGAGACGGUGUCCAUCAACUACGAGGACUUCACCGAAGGCUUCCUCACGUGUGGCACUUGUCUAUACACUUACGACGCGGGAGAGCACACACCGAAACUGCUUCCCUGUUCGCACACCAUAUGCCGCAUAUGUCUGGAGCGCAUUACUGUGGCCGCAGGUCUUCGCGACCAAACCGGUAACUUUCGGUGUCCGAUAUGCCGCGAGUCGAUUACAGUUCCGCGCGGCGGUGUCGUCGCCUUUCCGCCGUCCUUUCUGGUCAACCAAUUGCUGGAUCUAAUGACUCGUCAGCGGCGGGAAGUGAUCCCCAAGUGCUCGAGUCAUGUCUCCCAAGAGCUGCUCUUUUGCGAGACAUGUGAUUGUGUCUUCUGCAGCGUCUGCACCAAUGGUUCGCACGGAUCCAACGAUUCUAACGACUCGUCUGACUCGGGAAUGCAUGGAAAUAACUGCGAACACACGGUGAUCCCAUUCUCCAUAGCAAUCAAGCGUUUGAGUGAAAUAUUGUUAUACAAAGCGCACCAAACCAUUCAGAAGUUGAACGAAGCGGCGGAUAAUGUGUUGAAUGAAAUGCGAAAACUGGACCAAAACUCGGAACACGCUUUUGAAGACAUUAACCGCACGUUUCAGGAGAUCAUUAAUGUGGUCGACAGAAGGCGUCAAGAAUUGCUUAGUUAUGCCAAAAAGAUUAGAGAAGACAAGAGAAAUGUAUUGACAGAACAGUUGAAUAUAAUAGAGACGGAAAAGGCAAAAGUGGAGACCGAGUGCUGUGGACUCGAAUACCAGGUGGAGGUCCGCAAUAUCAGCAAAAAGAUCUCAGACCUGAACCAAAAGUUGGAUUCAGUGAAUACAUUACACGAGCCGCGGGAGAACUGUUUCAUCCGUUACGAGCACUUGCAUAACACAGCCGUCAAUGACAUCCAGGAAUGUGUGAACAAUUUCGGAACCAUAAGGACCAGCAAAACGUUUCCCUCCCUUUGCACCGCAACUGUUAGCAAAUGUUCGGCUAAUUUGCAUUCAAUCGCUCACAUCAUCGCUUAUGACUACAACGGUAUGCGCCAGAAGUUUGGCGGCGAUCCGGUCAGCGCCGAACUCAAACACAUUGCCGACGGAUCCAGUGUUAGCACAAGAAUCGUCGACAACAGGGACGGCACAUAUGAGGUCCACUUUACGCCUCAGAAACACGGCGUCUAUAGCCUUAAGAUUGCGAUAUUUGGGCGCCCUAUCAAAGACUUCCCGCUCGAGUUGAUGGCUUCGGAGCACAUCAACCCGCUAUGCAUUUACGGCUGUCGCGGAUCAGAUUUGCACCAAUUUAUACAACCGGUUGGUCUGGCGAUCGGCCAAAACGAUGGACAAGUUUACGUGUUGGACACCGGGAACGGAAGAAUCAAAAUUUUGUUGCAAAACAAUUGCAAUAAUUCUCCCUUUAGUUUUGUGAAACAUAUCGAAGGCCACGGUUUAGACAACAGAGCGGGCACUGGCAUCGCGUUGACCGCCAGUUCUGAGACACUUCUAGUCAGCAAUUGGCGCAAUAGGAAUAUCACUGAAAUCACACUCGAAGGCCAGUUUGUUAGACACUUCGGUCACCGAGACUUCAUUGAGCCCACGUGUCUGGCAGUGAACACGAAAGGCGAGAUAGUGGUGGCCGACAACGGGGCGCACUCUGUCUUUCUCUUCCAUCCCGUCGGCAAACUUAACACCAAAAUAGUGGGCAUUCCGUCGAAAGCGAGUAACAGUCCAAAGGGUGAGCCAUUAGGAGUGAUCGGCGCCGUCUGUUUUGAUCCGACGGGCAAUAUAUUGAUCGCCGACUCCCGUAUCUUAGUGUUUGACUCUAGCGGUCAAUUCAAGCGCGAGAUCUACUCCGAGGGCAAAAAUCGAGGACAAUAUUACGGCAUAACAGUUGACAACAACAACAAUCUAUUGGCCACUAGAGUGGAGAAAACCAAGAGUUUUAUCCAAGUGUUUGACUUAAACUCCGGUCAAUUGAAGUUCUGUAUUGACAGCAGUGACGCUAAACUCAAACGACCGACAAGUUUAGUGACCACUAAUGAUAAUCACGUGAUUGUUGUCGAUCUGGGAAACGAUUGCAUUAAAAAGUAUCGAUACUUUUAAUGUGUCCUUAAACUCCUUUUUUCUAUUAAUUUUCAAAGCGUUUCUUAUUAUUACUCUAUUAUUUAAAUCAAAGCUUAAACACAAACCAAUCAAUCAUUCCGUUCAGCAGUUUUACUGAACACUUCAAUCAUACGAAUAGUCUUUCAUAUAUAAAAUGUUUUUUAUAAUUUGUUUUGUUGUCUAUUCAUUGAAAAUAUAUUCUUAAAGCAAUUGAAUGAAUACUUUUUAAAUACAAACCCUUUUAUCUGUAAUAUUUAUGAAACCAAAUCUUUUAAAACAAUUUAAAAAAUACUCUGAUUUAUACAAAAAAGAAAACAGUUUCUUAAAAGAUAUGGAUUGCAGGAAAAUAUGUUCUUAUAAUUUGAUUCAAAUAUAAGUCACAUUUAUAAACCAAUUCUUGAAUGACUGGUUCGUGAAAAUCGGCAGAAAAUUUAUAGAAAAAAAGGUAAAAACGAAAUAUUUUGAUUCAAAAAAGUGAAUAUUUGUUUAUAAGAAACACAGUUUUUUUGUUAAUCGAUUGUAAUGUCCAUAAAAGCCAUUAUUUCCAGUUAUGCCGUAAAUUUAUCGAAAAAAUUAAAAUUCAUUUUCCUGUUAAUCAACCGCUAGUCAAACGUCAAUUACUAUUGAAGUUUUGCAUUUAUAUUAAUGAAAACCAUUUGUAUACCAAUUAUAUUACUUCAGUACUUAUACUUCUCAACACAAACUAUUUCUUAUGUUUUUUGAACUCUAUUUUUAAAGUAAAACUUCUUUAAACUUCAUUUACUUAUGUUUUAUUGAAUAAAAUCUUGAGUUUUAUUAUUAUAAUUAGUGUUAAGCGAAGACCGAAAUUAUAAGUUAUAUUACAGUAGAAGAGGACUGACUGUAAAUAUAUCUGUGAUUUAAUGUACGAACGAAUAAUC